AUGAUCAAUGACAGAUUACAAUCACACGGCCUGAGUCGACCGAGCGUCUCUCACCACGGCCCAAUCAUGGUGAAGAUCGACAGGAUGGGACGUGCGAAGCGCUACAAUAGAGACCAGUUACUGGAUAUUCUCGAGAAUCAGUGUCCAGAAGCCUUUGCAAAAUUCCCAAAGGCAGACUCAUUCGUCUUCACCAACACUGAUGACGGGUUGAGUAUACUAUCUAUCGCGUCGUCUAUAUCGCUUGGGAUCACUGCCGACAGCCUUACCGCGCGCGUGCUGGUUGAAACGAAGAAAGGUGGACCUUUGAAGCUGGGAGAUAAGGCCUGGGUGGAAAUCCUUGGUCCUUGCAAGCCCUGGUUACACGUACGCACGAUUAAUGGCGGAUAUGUGCACCCAGCAAGCCAUCGUUAUGUUCGCUGUGAUGGGGUAUUCGGCACACUCAUGGACACAGCCGAAGUCUACGCCUGGGGCGAUAACAUGAAGACAAUCGUGAGUUUCGCCUUCGUCUACGCUGGAAAGCGAGAUACAUACGGGGAUUUUGACAACGGUAAUGGCCUGCCGAUAUUGGUGAAGACUCUGGAAGACAUCGCAGCAUACGAUGAGAUCAUUGAGAACAAGAGAAACGACAGCCAUCUACCAAUCGAAGAGAAGGAGAAGUGA